AAUGAUAGACGCAGCAGUGAAAGCCACGGUCACCACCAUACCCAUGGUAACCAUCUCCAAGAUGACCAGGAGCAACCCCUUAGACGCCACCAUCACCAUCCUCAGCACCUUCAUCACGACGACGAGAUGUCGGACCACCACACCACCGUCACCCUCUCCAGAGCAUCUUCCUCCUCCCUCUCAUCUUCCCCCUCCGACUCUUCCACCGAAUGGUUCUCUGAGGCCGGCAUUGACGACAAGUUCUCCAUGAAGCACGCCAGCCGGCCGCAGCAUACCAUGUCCUGCUCCAACAUUGCGGGAGGACGACAGCUCCGUGAGGACGACAGCGAGCUGCAGGUGUACGCCACCGUCAAACAGGGGCAAAUUCACGGAGGAGGCAGUCCUGGGACCCAUCCUCGGGCCCAGGUAAGGGGAGGACGCGAGCCCAGCUACUCCGAGCUAAACCGGGGCCACAGCCGCAGUGAAGAGGGGCUGCUGCAGAACACAGGAACUGACAGAGGGAAAGUACGGACACCCCCACACCUGAAGCACGGAUCCCUCUACAAGACAGCCAGCCUGGGCCGUAGCCUGGCCUUCAGUGAAGAGGUCUUGGCUGGGCCGAAGAGGGCGGUGUCCUUUAUCCAGCUCCCCAGUAAAGGCAUCCUGAAAAACAAGGAGGCUCCACGGGACAUCCGCAAGGCCAAGUCCAUGGAGGUGCUGUCCCCCCGGGUGGCAGGCAAGGCAGCAGGGCCCAAGGGGAAGCAGGAUGUGGAGGCUCUGAAGGAUGCAGCCAGGCAGAGCAUGGUGAAGGGGAAGAUACAGUUCUCUGCAUUCCUGGAUGAGAUCACUAAACAGGUCAUCAGUCCUGCUCGUCUCAAUACUCUGGGGGUCCCUGUCGAGACCGUAGGACCGUGUCCAGCCAAAGCCCCAGCAUCCCCCAAAUCUCAACCGAAAAGUCAGCCCCAGCUUCCCUCGAAAAAGCAGGGAGAUGGGCAGGGGGAAGAGAGGGAGCCGGCUACUAAACCGCAGGCCCUGCCUAGGAAACUGAGGAAUGACUCUGACGCACGGUCACGUAAAAUAUCUCUCCCUUCAAAGUUUGGGUAUGAAAGCAAGAACCACACUCCUCGUCUAGGCAGCCCCCCAACCCUCCACUCUGGCCAACCCUACCCGCCCCACCCACCGGCUGGCUAUGAAGACCAACCAGCUUCCCUGCCUGACUUCCAGGGUCCUGUCGGUAAUAGGCAUGGGCGGUAUGGCCCGCUUCUUACAGAUGGCACUGUCAGCUCCAGCCCUGAGCCCAGCCAUCACAAACACCGGAGCUACAAACACCUUGACCAGAGCCACAGGCCCAGCCAUAGCCCACCUUCAUCUCCACACACCCAGCAGCCCCAGCUACCCCACCACGCCCCGAUCCACACACAUUCCCCUCCUCCAGUACAAGGGCCAGAGUCGGAGUCUCCCUCCAGCAAGUCGGACUCGUCCCGGAACAGAGAACAAGACACGGCCAGCCCCAACUCCGAGCAGAGCGACCGCCACAGCCAGUCAACCUACCGCUGGUGUCCUACUUCAUAUAGGGCCUUGACGGGUGACAUUGGCGAACUCCAGACACUGCAGGAGGAGAAUGCUGAGCUGCAGCAGAACCUGAUGCAAACAGUGGUCUGCAUCGAGAGCCUGGAGGCGGAGCUAGCCAGGGCCAGGGAGGAGCUUAGCCACAUGAAGGAGAAGUUCAAGAGGCUCCAGGACACACACACAGGUACCCAGCACACCAACAGCCUUCUGGGGGAGAAACUGCACUCAGCGACUGAGAGCCUUAGCUCUGAGAGGAAGUAUAUGGUGCAGCGUAUCGCCCAUCUCAGCACAGAGCUGGAGCAGGCCAACGCCACCAUCGCCUCUCUGGAGAACAUCAAUGUUCCCUGUCUGAUCAAGGAGCUCCUAGAGAAGCACUUUGACUCUGGAGACGCUGUCAAGCAGUUCCUGAAGAACGCCUUGAAAACCGGCCAAUCUACGGGCGACAUCGAAUCACCGGCUCCAAAACUGGAGCAGAAGCCGUCUGAUUGGUCAAGCGUAGGACUGAGGGAGUUUGAGGCAGGUCCACAAAAUGUCACUGCUUUUAUGCCCUGGAAGCAGGAGGAGGGGUUUGGGGUGAUAGGUCAGACAGGAAAUGAGGAUUCUAGCUCGAUGAGUCCCCCUUUCUCCGUCGCUGACAUCAGUAUGGCUAUCUAUAAGAAACUAGCUGCCAGCCAAGCAGCAAGACAGCCCCGGCCUUCCAACUACCAACCUCACACUGACACCCCUCCCGACCCAUACCCUCUGGUGGAGUUGGGUACAGGGGGUGCAGCGGGGGAGGGUUACCUUGUGCCUGCUGUCAAGGGGUGUGUGGCAGAGGCAGGGAGAGCAGCUGAGAGUAAGCACAGUGCUGUUGUUGAUGUGUCCUAUCUGACGACCCAGAGGGUUUUAGAUGACUUCCUGCACCAGCUGACGCACCCAGAGGAUGCGAGUGGAGGUGGGGGGAGGGGGCAGAACUGACGAGAGGGGGGCGGAGUGAAAGGAAC